UGCUGGGACCCAGUCACAAGAGGAGGAGGUCAGAGCACAGAUGCUGGGACCCAGUCACAAGAAGAGAUGGACCGGACACUGUCGCAGUCCCAAGAAGCAGACAGGCAAUCCCAGGAACACCAGCCCAUUUUGUUGCUCACCAACAGUAUUGAUGAUAGUGACAUAGAAACAUCCGUAUGGUGGAGAAGGCUGAGCUGCGAGGCAAGCAGAUCACAAGGUGUUUUGGGGGUGUGUUUCCAGCACCAUCCAGCAGCUGAUCUAGCAGUCAUCACCCACCAGUUGCUGCACAACAAGGUGUUAGCAGUCCAAGACUGGUCUGUGUUCUGGCAGCAGAUUCGGAUGAACAGCAAUGUAAAAGAAUCUUGCACAGAGUUAAACACUUCAACAGACACCUGAGCAUUGGCAUUCAUAUGAUCUACCUGUGAAGUUCAACCAGGCUUUAUAAAGCAUUACACACAAGGCAGCUAUGAUACACUGUGUUGUGAUUGGCCAAAAAUGCAGAUUGGUAACACCAGUCACCUAAGCCACCAUUGCCCUUGCAGACAAGAGUGUGAAGUAACAGCCCCUACAGUUUACAGCAAAGCCCUCAACUGUAGCCCUACAAA